AUGCCAGAGGUACUGGCGGUGGGCCACCACUUGACACGAAGUAUGACACAACAGGACGAACUCAUAUUGAGCACAAUAGCACCCACUGCAAUAACUGGUGAUAUGAAUGUAAAUGAGACACCUAUAGAUUUUCAGUUUGCAUCCAUUGAUGAAAAGGAUGAACCGACCGACAUGAGUGAAGAAUAUGUUCAAGGUGAAGCAAAUGAAAUUGUCCUUGACGAUCAUAUUUAUUCAAAAGAAAAUAUUGUGCCCUUGUCAUCCUCAAAUUCAAAAAACAAAAGAACCGUAGCUAGUCAGCGGUUACGUACUAGUGCUAUUGCAGCAACCACUCUUGCUGAAGUAAGUCGCAGUACACUAGAUGUGCAAAAGGAGUAUUACGAUAAAAAGCUUCAGUUACUUGAAAGACAAGUUGUUGCGGUAGAGAAUCUGGUGGAUUUCUUUAAACAAAGAAAUAAUUUUUAA